AAUACUCCGGAUUCGUCCGUUUGUUUCAUGUCGCUAGUUGAUAUGCGCGUAUCAUAUAAAUAAUCGAGUGCGAGUUACGCUCCCGGAUAGUCUCCAGGAGGUGCAACGAGUGGAAAGUCACCUGCAAAUCAACACCAAACAUAAAAUACUAAAUAAUUUGUGGUUGGAUUAAAACUGACUAAAAGUGACUUAAGUUAAGUGUUAAGAUGGAUGCGCAACAGUUUAAAGAAUUUGGUUAUGCUGCCAUUGAUUUUAUUGCGGAUUACAUCGAAAAUAAUCGCAAACGUGAUGUUUUGCCUUCGGUGGAACAGGGCUAUCUGCAACCACUAAUACCCGACCACGCACCACAACAUGGCGAACCAUGGCAGGAACUGAUGAAGGACAUGGACCGCGUCAUCAUGCCGGGCAUCACACACUGGCACUCGCCCAACUUUCACGCUUACUACCCGACGGGGCAUUCGUAUCCGUCCGUCGUCGCCGAGACGAUCACUUCCGGCCUCAGCGUGAUUGGAUUCAAUUGGAUUGCAAGUCCAGCAUGUACGGAACUUGAGGUUGCGGUGAUGAAUUGGUUGGGAAAAAUGUUAAACCUCCCGGAUGUCUUUCUAAAUUGUUCAAGAGGACCUGGUGGGGGUGUAAUACAAGCUACAGCUAGUGAAGCAACAUUGAUUGGUCUCCUAGCAGCAAAAGAAAAAUUCGUCAAGGAAUAUAAAUCCAUCCGACCGGAAAUGAUGGAAUGUGAGGUUAAAGCUAAAUUGGUUGCAUACUCCUCGGACCAAUCAAAUUCCUCAAUUGAGAAAGCAGGUCUCAUUGGUUCAAUGACCAUGCGACUUCUUCCUUCUGAUUCUGAUGGUAAAUUACAAGCUGAAGUCUUAAGAGCAGCCAUUUUGAAGGAUAUAGAAAAGGGUUUAAUACCUUGUUAUGUGAUUGCUACUUUGGGAACCACCCCAACAUGUGCUUUUGAUGAUUUGGAAUCAUUAGGUUUGGUCUGUAAGGAAUUCAAUGUCUGGAUGCAUGUUGACGCUGCAUAUGCCGGAUCAGCUUUCAUAUGCCCCGAAUAUCAACACCAUCUCAAAGGUGUUGAACUAGCGGAAUCAUUUAAUUUCAACCCGCAUAAAUGGAUGAUGGUCACGUUUGACUGCAGCGCCCUCUGGGUGAAAGACGCCAAAUAUCUUGUGCAAGCAUUCAACGUUCAGCGGAUUUAUCUGAAGCAUAAACAUCAAGGAGAUGCUCCGGAUUAUAUCCAUUGGCAGUUGGCACUUGGUCGCAAAUUCCGCGCGUUGAAAUUAUGGUUUGUGUUGAGAACUUACGGAGUUGAAGGAUUGCAGAAACACGUUCGGAAUCACAUCCAACUUGCGAAAUAUUUUUCGGAACUAUUGGCUACAGAUAAACGAUUUAAUGUCUUCUCAUGUAGCAUGGGUCUUGUAUGCUUUCAUUUCUGAGGUUAGGAAAUGAAAAGACACAGGAAUUAUACGAUAAAAUUUUGGCGCGCAAAACAGAUUUUCAUGGUUCCCUGCACAAUUAAAGGGCUUUAUUUGAUUAGAUUCGUAGUCUGUGCGAGAACAUCCGAGAAAAAGGACAUGGAUUUUGCCUGGAGAGAAAUUACCACCGUCGCGGACCAAAUAAUUGAUUGUCAAGCGAUAAACAUGGAAAAAAUACAAGGAAAGAAUGAAAUGACGAAAAUGCAAAUUAAUUAUGGGAAAGAUAAUAAAAAAUACGUGGAAGUUGAAAGAACCAAAUAAUUUUCGAUAUUUUUUUUAUUUGAUGUUAGAUAAAUGUUUAGAAAUUAUUUGUUUUAUGUACGAGUAUUGUAUAUAUAUUUAGUUAAUAAAAGUUUUUGAUGACUUGUGAAUAAA